AAAUUGGUCCAAUUAAAGUGGACUUAGAAACUCGAUAUCAAAAGGAUAGUCUGCCAUCCGUCGAAGUUACUCGACCAAUUACCGAUCCGCUUACCGAAAAUGAGCCAGCUCAGAUUUCAAAAAACCCGCUUUCGGGGCGCUUGGAUAUUACAUUUAGAAUUGUCAUUGAGCAAAUUGGUGUAGACUUAAAUCCUGAUAUGCUUGCCUUUGCUAAACAUUGGUUAAAGGUGAACCGUGUAUUUACCUCGAAGUUUGAAGCAUUAUCAAGUAAGGAACCUGUAGGUUCUCAGGAUCCAUCGUCCUCGUCAUCUGAAACUUAUAAACAUAGAUCCACCGGAACGAUCACGAGCUUACAAGAUUUGAAACUUCCCAAAGAUAAAAAGCGAAAGGAUGAACCAAAUCCUAAAUUUAAUAUAAAAGAUUUGUUGACCAAACUUAACAUCUUUGGCCAAGGGAUAUUCGUGUUAAGAACAAUCUUAGUCACCGCUUCUGCUCAUAACUUGAUGGCGCAAACUAAAUUGACAAAUAUAAAUUUUUCAACCUGGUUUAACAACCCUACGACCUUACAUUCCGUUGAAAAACAAGAUUUAGAAGGUGUUUCCGUUAGCAAAAGUUCGGUGCACCCGGGUUCAAGGGGAAGUGGUGGAAAGAGUGCUAAUAUUUUGGUGUUCUCUGGUUUCGGUGGUAUUGAAAACAUUUCUGCAGUGAUUAUAGAAAAGACGUACGCAGGAUCCAAUACACUAUUAUCCGUAGAAUUUUCGCGAGUUAGUACCAACAUUGCAAUUAGUUCUUUGAUUCCCGGGCGUCCGAAGAAUUUUGAUCCUCAUAUGGCGCUUAAUGUUUUUUUGGCACUUCAAGGACUUACCGUCAAGCUUCCCCAAAGUCUACUCAAGCUAUACAAUUUUGUUGAAAAAUGGAAAGCAGAAAACUUGCCGAGUUAUGAUUUCUUGUAUAAAAAGUUGUUGGAUGAAUGGGAAGGGCAGCGAAAAAUGCCAACUGUAAAUCCUCGAACUCAGGAAAAGAAUGUCAACACGCGAAAUUCUUUGGAGGUGAAGUUUCAAUUUUUAAUGAAAAGAUUAUCUCUUCAAUCACACUUGCUUCCAUCUCUUAAAUUCCACUAUGGUGCCUGGGAUUUAUUUAUUCGGUUGGAGCAAAGCGCCACUUCUCUCGGAGGAAAUUUGAUCAACUAUUCCGGGCAAUUGGCUAAUCAGGAGAUUCACUUUGUCACUCGCCAAAAACAUCAAGGCAAACAAAAUGCAAAGGCCUCUAACAUCAAAUCAGAUGAUCAACAACAAGAAACUGCAUUCACCAUACCAGCAAUUAGGGCUACAGGCAACAUCAGACCAUUCGAACAUCGAAAGUUUGUUAUUGGAAACGCGAAGAAAAUGCCAAAACAUUUGAAGUUGGAGUCAGUGGUGUCCUUGGACCUCGUGGAAUUAAGUCUGAACGUAAACAUUAUCGACAACUUGCUGACCGCACAAUCUCUCAUUGGUAGUGAAAUAAAUGAUGCGCUUGAUGUAUUUUUAUUUUCAUCGAAAAAAAUAAAGGAACUUGGGACAGUUUCUAAGAUCAAGGAUUCCUCACUAGAACAAAAAAAUGAUUUACAUGGUGCUGAAAAGGAAAAAUUGUAUUAUAACCUCAGGAUUUCUCUUAGAGGCUUGAGAAUAUCCGCGGUGAGCCCUUCAGCCGUGGGAUUUUUUGAGACCAAGACCUUAUACGGACACAUCACAAAUAUUCCCUCGCCAGACGUCUUGAAUAAACCUGAAUGGAAAUUUUCUGCUCAGAAUUUUUCGCUGUCCCUUAACCAUAACACAGGUGUUAGCAGAAAGGCAACGGAAGAUGAUGAUAUUCGAAGAUAUCGGAUAGCCUAUAUUGUGAUUGAUUUAACAUUACAAAAUUUCAAGGACCGGGACGAUCAAUUAAACACAUCCAACAAAAAGUCACAAAAAAUCGAUGAUCCGGUCGAAAAAAUAGAAUCUUACUUCUUAAAAUUAUUUAAAGUUCAUGCCGUCAUGCAACCCAUUGCAUUGGGUCGUUUAAUUGAUUUGUAUGUAUACUACAGCAGUGAAUUGGAACGCAGAAAGGAAAAGAAAGCAGCUGAAAUUGAAAAAUUAGCGGAGAAUACUCGUAAGAUAUGGAGAUCACUUAAUGUUGAGAUGCCUAAAUAUAAAUCGAGCAGCAAAUCGUUGUUAGACGAAAAAGUCUUAUCACUCGAAAUCUCAAGAUUUGCUGUUGCCCUUCCACUCGAUUUGCGAGACGAAUUUUUAUCGACCUCGGACGACUCAAAUGCUAAAGGUUCCUCGGAUACACUGCAAAUUCCAGCAUUUAUCUUAUCCGCAUCUUCAAUGAAUUUUAUCACGAGGAAAUUGAAGUCCAGUCGUGCAACUCUUAAGGAUCUGUGUCUUCAAUUUGUGCCACAAUUUGAUCAAGGAAAUGAAGACCAUUUUUUUCCCAACGCCCAUCAGAAAAUAAAUCGAAUUUUGCUUCCAGAAAUUUUAUUUGAAGGAAAUUCAAGUGGUUCCAACGAAAAGAGGAAAAUAGACAUUGAUUCUAGAGUUGAAGGUUUCGAUAUUGACAUAGGUGGUGAUAUUGUCAAUCACAUUAAUUGUCUCAGUGAAAUAUAUGCAGCGAGUCGAGAUCGUUUGGAAACAUUUACCACUGAGGCAAAUUUAAAUUUGGGAUUGCAAUCUUCAUCACAACCUAAAUCCUCAAUCAACUUGGAUAAUUCAGAUUCACAGGAAAACACCGAAAUUUCAUCGAAUGCCAUUGACCUGGAUCUGGUAAUUACAUUUAAGGCCAAAAGCGGGACGAUAAAACUAUAUUCGAAAAGUCAUUUGGCAAAACACGCAAAGAAAGCAACAAAUGGUAGGAUAUCCGACAAAUCGAAGGCAAUGCGUGGUUCACGAAGCAGUAUUGCCUCCAUUCCUCGGUUGAAUUUGGAAGGCAUAUCCGGUCACGUUUCAAAUGAUAUGGAUGAUAUAUCAAGAGAACACGGCAUCGAUUCUAUCGUAAUACCGGGACUUAGUAUAAAUACGAUGUAUCGAGCAGUUUUAGGACACCAACUUCUUUCCACAAAUGAUUCCUUGACGAAGCGCAUACAUAUAGAACUUGUCAUUCACCCAAGCUCCAAUACAUUAUAUCCAUCUUUAGUGCCAUUUUUCAAAGACAUCAUAGAUGGUCUCAAAAUCGGAGUACAGAGAUCUAGUGAUAAGAAAGCCAUUGCUGUUAAGGAAAGCUCUUCUCCGAUUCACGGCAUGAAUAUUACUUGUUAUUUCAAACUCUCGAGCACUACGUUCGAGCUUAGUUGCCUACCCGUGUCAAAAGUUAGUUGCUUUCUCAAGUGGGAAGAAGGAAACUUUCUUAUAUCAUCAAACAGUGCUGAGCUAGGAGGCCAAAGUUUGACCUGUGUUGGAAAAAUUAAAGGAGCGUCGGGGAACAUCCGUCAUGCUUUCUCACCUGAAGAUUGCUUAAAAGCCGAAACGAAGGACAUCUCGUUCAACGCGACUCUUAUGAGCAGAAGAACCGAAAGCGUCUCAGAUGAUUCAAUAUCAAUAAUCGUUGAACUUCCUCGGAUUAUGGCUGAUUUAAACAUUCGUCAUUUACAAGAUUUGUUGCUUUUGAAGACGACUUGGUUUGACCAAGCCACGAAAUUAUAUGAAGAGAGUGUUUUACACACAUCGCGUACUGCAGUUGGUGAAUAUGAAAGACUUACAUCUUCACCAGUACAAAUGCAGGACGAGGAGACUAAUGUUAAACCGUAUUCGGUUUAUGUACUGGUGAGGUUAAAACAGUUAGAUUUAUCUAGUGAUUUAGGUCAAGCAGUUGGAAAGGUUCGUUUUAACACCCAGAACAUCCAAGUACGCACGAAAAAUGUUCCCGGAGUAGUGAAGAAACUUACGGCAUCAACCGACAUUCUUGACAUACAAUGCGAUGGUCGUCUAAUCGGAUACGCAAACAUGACCGGGCUCACCUUUUCAACAUUGCUUGGUGUUCCUCCGCAUUCAACUUCCGAUGGCCCGACAUGUGUUACAAAUUUACUGUUUAAAACAGAGAGGAUUCAGUCUUCUUUAGAAUACGAAUAUCAGAAAAUUUUGGUAUUAGAAGUAGACCCAAUGCAAUUACGUCUUACAGAUAAUUGGAAUAUUGUAUCUCCUGAAAACGCUUCAGUAUUAGUUCAUGCCGAUAUAUCAAUAAGGAGAAUCCAGGCAAUUGUUGCCGUAAAAACAAUACCUGUUUUUCUACACAUGGUGAACAAAAUUUUGGCACAAAUUGACGAAAAAAGAAUGUCUGCAGCCAACGCUAUUUCAUAUUCAAAACGAAUCACCACUACAAAUCCUCGCCAAAGCUUGUCUAAUUCACCAACUCCAUCAGCAUCUGAAAAACAUUCACGUGAUUAUAUAGCAUUCAACGAAGUUGUAGUUGGAGGACUGACAGUCCAUCCAGUCGGAAGGAUUUCGAUAAUGGUGGAAAAGGCACAACUUACGAUUUAUCCGAAUCAUUUUCAUGACGUUGACUGUGUACAAAAUAGAUUUGACGGAUUAUUGUUGGAUAUGAAGAAGUUCAUUGGGGAGGAUGAAAAAAUUCAUAGGGAACUCGAUGUUCAACUUAACUCAGUGGCUUUAACGAAGAAUUUGUGUAAAAAACUUAAUAUUAAAGAUGAACAGGGUUUACCAUUUCAACAAUGGUUUGAACAUGUCGAAGCUUCAUCGUCGAAGAAUAUUUUUACGCUACCAAGUACACAUCUAAUAAUGAACACAAUACAAGGAAUGGGAAGUGAUGUGGUUGACCAUAAAUUUGAAGUUGACUUCAGAGGAAAAUUAGACGUUGCGCUGAACUUUGGAUUAAUCAGAUAUCUUCAAGAAUUAGCUGUAUUAUAUAAAGAACAUUUAAGAAAGAAUGCAAUAGGUUCUAAUAACGAUUUUCCAAAAUCACCAAUAGUGCCGUUGACAACACCAAUCGAAAGUUCCCCUUUAGAAUCUCCAAUAACGACAUCGGCACCACCUAAAGAAGUAAAGCUCCUACCCACCACCAGUGGGAUUAUCGUGCCAGUCAAAUUAGAACCACAAUUGCGUUAUCUCGGAGACGCGACACCCCCGUUAGAAUGGGUUGGAGUACAAAGAGCAAAAGUUCCUGGGUUCGUUCAUACGGCUAUCACAAUGAAUUUAGAUGAACUCAUCAAUCAAAUUACUAGUGAAUCAUUCAAAGCCGCAAAAACAUUUUUAUAG